GGCUGCUGUGCUGGGGGCAGGGCUGGCUCCGAUCCAGGGAGGAGCCGCCCACAGCCCCGCGGAGGGUACAUAAGGAGCCCCCGGCCGCGAGGCGAGGCUGCCCGCUCCGGUUCCGUCCAGUGCAUCACCUACCAGCGUCUCUGGUGUUUGCGGAGGACCCGCCGCGCGCUGCCUGGCCAUGACCACCGCGCUCCUGCAGUCUUCUUCCUCCACCUUCGGGGGCGGCUCUGCCCGAGGGGGCUCGCUCCGGGCCGGGGGAGGCGGCUUUGGCGGGGGGAGCCUGUGCGGUGGAGCAGCAGGGAGCCGCAGCAUUUCGGCUUCUUCCGCUAGGUUUGUGUCAGGGUCGGCGGGAGGCUACGGGGGCGGCAUGAGCUGCGGCUUUGGUGGCAGAGCAGGUGGCGGUUUCGGCGGAGGUUUCGGAGGCGGCUUGGGUGGGGGUUUUGGCGGUGGCUUUGGUGAUUUUGGCGGUGGCGAUGGUGGUCUCCUUGGUGGCAACGAGAAGAUCACCAUGCAGAACCUCAACGACCGCCUGGCCUCCUACCUGGACAAGGUGCGGGCGCUGGAGGCGGCCAACGCCGACCUGGAGGUGAAGAUCCGCGACUGGUACCAGAGGCAGGGUCCAGCCAGCCCGGAGCGGGACUACAGCCGCUACUUCAAGGAAAUCGAAGAGCUCCGGGACAAGAUCAUGGCUGGCACCAUCGACAACUCCCGGGUCAUCCUGGAGAUUGACAAUGCCAGGCUGGCCGCAGACGACUUCAGACUCAAGUACGAGCACGAAUUGAACCUGCGACAGACAGUGGAGGCCGACAUCAACGGGCUGCGCAGGGUGCUGGACGAGCUGACCCUGGCCAGGGCCGACCUGGAGAUGCAGAUCGAGGGCCUGAACGAGGAGCUGGCCUUCCUGAGGAAGAACCACGAGGAGGAGAUGAAGGAGUUCAGCAGCCAGCUGGCCGGCCAGGUCAACGUGGAGAUGGACGCAGCCCCGGGUGUGGACCUGACCCGCAUGCUGGCCGAGAUGAGGGAGCAGUACGAGGCCAUCGCGGAGAAGAACCGCAGGGACGCCGAGGCCUGGUUCUUCAGCAAGACGGAGGAGCUGAACAAGGAGGUGGCCUCCAACACGGAGAUGAUCCAGACCAGCAAGACGGAGAUCACGGAGCUGCGGCGCACGCUGCAGGGGCUGGAGAUCGAGCUGCAGUCGCAGCUGAGCAUGAAAGCCGGGCUGGAGAGCACGUUGGCGGAGACCGAGUGCCGCUAUGCCACACAGCUGCAGCAGAUCCAGGGCCUCAUUGGGGGCCUGGAAGAGCAGCUGGCUCAGCUGCGCUGCGAGAUGGAGGCCCAGAGCCAGGAGUACAACAUGCUGCUGGACAUCAAGACGCGGCUGGAGCAGGAGAUCGCCACCUACCGCAGCCUGCUGGAGGGCCAGGACGCCAAGAUGGCGGGCAUCGGCACCCGGGAAGCUGCCCUGGGAAGUGGAGGCAGCAGCAAUUUCCGCAUCAAAGUGGAGGAAUCGGUGGAUGGCAAGGUGGUUUCCUCCCACAAGAGAGACCUCUGAGCACCUGGUGCAGGAGGACCGGCCACUGCCCGUCCCACUGGCCAGAGGACUGGGAGGCGAACUCUGCCCCUGUCCUCAAGAGCACCCAGCUGACACGGGUCCCUGGGCCCCUGGUUGAUGGCUUUCCAUGUUCUCUGUCCCCCUGUCGCUCUCCCCAUUUCCUCUGGGGUACAAGGGGCAUCUGUCUUGGGUCACGGCUCAUGCGUGCCGUGCCUGCUCCCACA